CGCAUAAGACUACGGAGCAGGGGCGCUCGUUGCAAGUAGUACCCGCUACAAGAGAGCGCGGGAAUGGACAGAAGCGAUGUACUCGACCUGUGCCGCGCAGAACUGUCGGGUGCACGGAAGGGCUGUGAGAGGAAGACCACGGCCAGCGGCACCUAGGUCUGCGGUGGCUGCCCAAAGAAACGCUCAGGCAGGCUAGCAGCGGGGAAAGCGCGGGUUCGGGGCCGCUCCGCGUCUCGUCGAGGUGCUCUGCUGUUGUGGAAAGCGCCUUUUUGCCUCGCUCCUGCUCCGACGCAGCUAUUGGAUGGCGCUGUUGUUCUCUUCCUCCGAGUGCGCGACAGCCUCUCCGCAGAAGCGAAGAAGCCCACACACUGAGGAGAGAAAAAUAAGGGACCUGGCAAACAUGUGCCAGGUUGCUGUGGCUACCCACUCAGCAUUUUCUUCAUUGUCAUCAAUGAAUUCUGCGAAAGAUUCUCCUACUAUGGAAUGCGAGCUGUGCUUGUCCUCUACUUCAAGUAUUUUCUCUCAUGGGAUGAUGAUCUUGCUACAUCCAUUUACCACACAUUUGUUGCCCUCUGCUAUCUAACGCCUAUCCUUGGAGCAAUUGUAGCUGACACCUGGCUGGGAAAAUUUAAGACCAUUGUUUACUUGUCGAUUGUGUACACAAUUGGGCAAGCAGUCUUGUCAGUAAGUUCUAUACAUGACUUGACAGAUUCCGACAGGGAUGGAAUUCCAAAUCAGAUUCAUGUACACGUCAUUCUCUCUAUGUUGGGCUUGAUUCUUAUUGCUUUUGGAACGGGUGGAAUCAAGCCCUGUGUAGCAGCAUUUGGUGGAGAUCAGUUUGAAGAUCAUCAGGAAAAGCAAAGAAACAGAUUCUUCUCUAUAUUUUACUUGUCCAUCAAUGCUGGAAGUCUUCUCUCUACUAUAAUCACCCCAAUUCUCAGAGGUGAAGAAUGUGGAAUUUACACCAAGCAAAAAUGUUACCCUCUAGCAUUUGGUGUUCCUGCUGCACUAAUGGCAAUUGCAUUGAUUGUGUUCAUAGCUGGAAGUACAAUGUACAAGAGAGCUGAACCUCGAGGCAAUAUACUGGUCCAAGUUUCUAGGUGCAUAGCGUUUUCCAUUGGAAACAGAUUUAAGCAUCGCAGCAAAGAAUUCCCAAAGAGGGAGCACUGGUUGGAUUGGGCUAGCGAGAAGUAUGGUAAACAGCUUAUCGCUCAGACUAAGAUGGUCUUGAAAGUGCUGUUCCUGUAUAUUCCUCUUCCCAUGUUUUGGGCACUUUUUGAUCAGCAGGGAUCAAGAUGGACAUUGCAAGCCACAACUAUGGAUGGAGAUUUUGGCCCUGUUCAGAUUAAGCCAGACCAGAUGCAGACUGUAAAUCCAAUCCUCAUUGUUAUAAUGGUCCCAGUUGUAGAUGCUGUGAUUUAUCCUUUAAUCAAGAAAUGCCACAUCAAUUUCACGCCUCUGAGGAAGAUGACAGUUGGCAUGUUCCUGGCAGCUGUAGCUUUUGUCAUUGCUGCUUUGGUGCAAAUUCAAAUAGACAAAACUCUUCCCAACUUUCCGGGAGCAGGGGAGUCCCAAAUCAAAAUAAUAAAUCUGGGGAAUGCUAAUGCAACAGUUCAUUUUAACACUGGGACGUCUUUUAGUGUGAAAAACCUCGCUUCAACGGGCUACACCACUUUUGAGACAGCACAGUUAAAAGACAUCAAUGUAACCUAUGGAAAUGAAACUUGGAGCAAUAAAUUUACCCACAUGGAAAAAGAACGCCGCACUCUUGAAAUAACAAAUAGAGGCCAUAUCAUUGCUGAUCUGCUUGUGGAUGAUGUAACUGCAAAACCAGAACAAGGAAUGAAUAAGAUCAGGUUCAUUAACAACUUGAAUACAACAAUUAAUAUCACAAUGGAUGGCGUUGAGUUUGGAGAAGUAAUGUAUUUUGCUGCCACAAACUAUACCUCUUUUGAAAGAGGAGCAAAAGAUAUUGUUGUUGACACUGGUCUUCAGAACUGCACAGCUAAGUCUCGGGUAUUUGGUUAUGGCAGUGCAUAUACCCUUGUAGUAGAAACGUGUAAUAGCAAUGGAAUGACUCUCACAUACAUUGAAGAUAUUCAGCCCAACUCUUUCAGUAUGGCUUGGCAAAUUCCCCAGUAUUUCGUUAUAACAUGUGCUGAAGUUGUCUUCUCAGUCACUGGUCUAUCAUUUUCAUACUCGCAGGCACCUGCCAACAUGAAGUCUGUGUUGCAAGCUGGCUGGUUGUUGACUGUGGCCGUUGGCAAUAUCAUUGUUCUUAUUAUAGCUGGAGCUUCAAAACUGAAUGAACCGUGGGAAGAAUACAUUCUGUUUGCAGCUUUGCUUGUUGCAGUUACUGUUGUGUUUGCCAUCAUGGCUUAUUUUUACACCUAUGUGGACCCAGCUGAGGUUGAAGCUAAACUUGUGGAAGAAGAAAAGAAGGAAAAGCAACCACCUGUUUGGGGAAAUGGAACUGGACCUGUUGCACAGACUCGGAUGUGAAUAUGUAUUUGGGCUGAAUGAGAAUAUAAAGGUUAAUUGGACAACUGCAUUGCCGGUCUGAGACCCAGAAAUUCCAGUCAUUGGACAAUCUGUCUUACCGGACGCAGCUGAGUAGAGAGCCUAGUCAAAAAUACGCACUUCCUUCUGAGGGCAAAGAUCAGGAAUUCUCUUCUCCUGUGAAGAAAAUAAGAAAACUCCAGAAGCUCAUGCUUGGCAGAACUUGCACUUUUAAAAAAAUGUAAGGGAUCUGAAUCUACUUGCACUUGGCCAUAUUGAAGAGGUGUUAAAGUAUUAUUUUUAUAGGGUACUACUUUAAUUUUAUAUUGUAUAAAAAGUACUCCCAUAUAAAACACUUCUUUCCCAUACAAUGCAUUGGCCCAAGGGACUUAGAACUGUUGUUUUUUUUAAUGAUGCCACACAAAUGAUGAAUGUAUUUAUAUUUGUAAUUCUAGCAAAUGCAAACCUGAACCAGCUGAAUGUUACCAUCUUGUAUUGCAUUAGAGACUUCUUCCUUCA